GUCCUCCCUCAAUUCCCGGCAAUGGUAACCACUCACAGCCAGAGAGGCUUCCAUUACGCCUCCUUUAUUUCUCCCCCUAAGAGCCAGCAAGAAAGCGAGAGGGAGAGAGAGAGAGAGAAAUAGGGUUAGGGUUCCUGGAAACUCUCUCUCUCUCAUUUCUCUUUCUCCAUCGCAAAAUGUCGUCGGGCCAAACACCUGAAAUCUCCCCACGCGAAAACGACGACGCGCAGGAGCUCUUCUUCGCGAACAGAGGCUGCUGCCUAUGUAUCCCGUGCUUGGGCUCCGGGCGAGGCUCCAACGUCGGAUCGGUCUGGUGGGAGAGGAUUCGGACGGCGGAGAACGACGAGCGGUGGUGGACCCGGGGGUGGAAGAGGCUCCGUGACUGGUCGGAGCUGGUGGCAGGUCCGAAAUGGAAGACGUUCAUCCGCCGGUUCAACAAGAACAAUAACAACAACAGGCAGGUGAAAUUCCACUACGACCCUCUGAGUUACGCCUUGAACUUCGACGAGGGCCUGGGGCAGAACGAUCAUUUGGACGAGGACUAUCUAGGCCGAGACUUCUCGUGCCGGUAUGCGGCGAUCCCGGCCUCGGCGAAGUCGUCGAUGGACUUGGGGAGAGACGGGCCGGCUUUCACGUGACGCUCACAUGACGUCAGAGAACGAGCGGGCGGUUUUUUCGAAAAGAUCGGCUUUUUGGUUCGCUUCGCCGCGCAGGCUAACGUGCCGAUUUUAGUGGAGAAACUCGUGGUGGUUGAUUGGUUGACUUUUUUUUUUCCUAAUUUAUGGGACUAUGUGUCGGUGACACGUGGCGUGCGCUAAAUUUUUUUGUUUUUGUUUUUGUUUUGUAUUACGAAAUGUAAUAAUUUGUUUACUUUUUUUUUUUUUUUUAAUUUAUUAUUCUUCAUAUUACUGUUUGGUAAAGAAAAUUGAAAAGGAGUCGCGGUUGUA